GCGUUUUCACUCUCCCUUCUUCUCCAUAGGAUCAUGGGAGACCACCUGGACCUUCUCUUAAGAAUGGUGCUCAUGGCCAGUCCCGCGCUUGGAAUUUCUUCCUGCUUCUUCGAUGGUUGGAGAGCCUUAUAUCGUUUCUGCAACCUCACCCAAGUCCCCCAAGUCCCCAGCACCACCAAGAGCCUCCUGCUCAGCUUCAACUACAUCAGGACAGUCACAACCGCGUCCUUCCCCUUCCUGGAGCAGCUGCAGCUGCUGGAGCUCGGGACUCAGUUUACCCCCUUGACCAUUGACAAAGAAGCCUUCCAAAACCUGCCCAAUCUCAGAAUCUUGGACCUGGGCAAAAGUCAGAUAGACUUCUUGCACCCAGAUGCUUUUCAGGAACUGCCCCAUCUCUCUGAACUUCGACUGUUUUACUGUGGUCUCUCCAGUGCUGUAUUAAAAGAUGGCUAUUUCAGAAACUUGGGGUCUUUGACUCACUUGGACCUAUCCAAAAAUCGGAUUCAGAGUCUUUACCUUCAUCCUUCAUUCGGGGAAUUGAAUUCCUUGAAGUCCAUCGAUCUUUCCCUCAACCAAAUAACCACUGUAUGUGAGCACGAGCUCAAACCCCUCCAGGGAAAAACACUCUCCUUUUUAAGCCUUGCUGAUAAUAACCUGUACAACAGGGUCUCAGUGGACUGGGGGAAAUGUCUGAACCCAUUCAGAAACAUGGUCCUGGAAACCCUAGAUGUUUCUGGCAAUGGCUGGGCAGUGGACGUCACAAGAAACUUCAGCAAUGCCAUCAAUGGAAGCCAGAUUUUCUCUUUGGUUCUUACCUAUCACGUGAUGGGUCCUGGGUUUGGCUUCACUAACAUCAAAGAUCCUGACCAGCACACCUUUGCUGGUCUGGCCAGAAGCUCAGUGAUACAGCUGGACCUUUCACAUGGGUUUAUCUUCUCCCUGAACUUCCAACUCUUUGAGACGCUCAAGGAGUUGAAGAUUCUGAACCUCGCCUACAACAAGAUAAACAAUAUUGCAGGCAAAGCAUUUUAUGGACUCGACAACCUCCAAGUUCUCAAUAUAUCACAUAACCUUCUGGGGGAAUUGUAUAGUUCUAAUUUCUAUGGACUACCUAAGGUAGCCUAUAUUGAUCUGCAAAAGAAUCACAUCGGGAUCAUUCAGGACCAAACAUUCAGAUUCCUGGAGAAAUUAAACACCUUGGAUCUCCGGGAUAAUGCUCUUAAAACUAUUUCUUUUCUUCCGAGCAUACCUAAUAUCUUCUUGAGUGGCAAUAAACUGGCUACUUUGCCGAACACCGCACUUACAGCUAACUUCAUCACCUUAUCAGAGAAUAGGCUGGAAAAUCUGGAUAAUCUCUACUUCCUUCUCCAGGUACCUCAUCUCCGGAUUCUCAUUUUAAAUCAAAAUCGCUUUUCCUUUUGUAACCAAGACCAUGCCCCUUCAGAGAGCCACAGCUUAGAAGAGCUUUUCCUUGAAGAAAAUAUGUUGCAGCUUGCCUGGGGAGCCGGGUUCUGCUGGGAUGUUUUUAAGGGGCUUUCGCAUCUCCGAGUCCUGUAUUUGAAUAGAAACUACCUGAAUUUCCUUCCACCAGGAGUAUUUCGUCAUCUGAUUGCACUGAGGGGACUCAGCCUCAAGGACAACAGCCUGACCGUUCUUUUUCCUGGCGACUUACCUGCUAAUUUAGAGGUCCUGGAUUUAUCCAGAAACCAGCUCCUCUCUCCUGAUCCUGAUUUAUUUGCAUCGCUGAGUGCCGUGGACAUAACUCAUAACAAGUUCAUCUGUGAGUGCGAACUUAGCACUUUUAUCAGUUGGCUCAAUCAAACCAACGUCACAAUAUUUGGCUCUCCGGCAGACAUAUACUGCAUGUACCCGAGCUCCAUGGCUGGGACUUCCCUCUACUCUCUUUCCACGGAAGAUUGUGAUGAAGAGGAAGUUUUAAAGUCCCUAAAGUUUUCCCUUUUCAUCUUCUUCACUGUCACUUUGACUCUGUUCCUCGUGACCAUCCUCAUCGUUACGAAGUUUCGGGGGUUUUUUUUCAUCUGUUAUAAGAAAGCCCAGAGACUGGUGUUCAAGGACCCCAUCAAGGGAAGAGAAUCAGAGACGUACAAAUACGAUGCCUAUUUGUGCUUCAGUAGCAAAGACUUUGAAUGGGUGCAGAAUGCUUUGCUGAAACACCUAGAUGCCCAGUACAGCGACCAAAACAGAUUUAACCUGUGCUUUGAAGAGAGAGACUUUUUGCCCGGGGAAACCCGCAUCACCAACAUCCAGGAUGCCCUGUGCAACAGCAGAAAGGUUGUCUGUCUCGUGAGCAGACACUUCCUUAGAGACGGGUGGUGCCUCGAAGCCUUCAGUUACGCCCAGAGCAUGUGCUUAGCUGACCUCAGUGGCGCCCUCAUCCUGGUGGUGGUGGGGUCCCUGUCCCAGUACCAGCUGAUGAAGCAUCGCUCCAUCAGAGGAUUCGUCCAGAAACAGCGGUACUUGAGGUGGCCUGAGGAUCUCCAGGAUGUUGGCUGGUUUCUCAACAAACUCUCUCAGUGCAUUCUAAAGAAAGAAAAGGAAAGGAAGAAAGACAAUGACAUUCAGCUGCAAAGUGUAACAACCAUUUCCUAG